AUGCUCCGUAAAAGGACCAUUCUUGAAGACGAGAGGCAGAAUGUGACGGCGGUGCUCGUAGACGUUAGCCGGAAUGUGUAUCCACUUGAGGAACAGCGGAGACCUGCACCAAUUGUGAAUAAAGGAGUGUUGAUGGCUGAAGCGGGCACUGAGAGAGCAAAUCUGGGAUUUAAAGACAGACCCAAAGAUCCAAGCAUUUUUAUGGAAAAUGCUGUGUGGAGCGAUUCCGGUUGCAGAAAGACUAGUGACGAGAGGCAUGAAGUUGGAUGA